AUGUCUAAUAUACAAACAGAAUGGCAGCUUCCCGGCUACGGUCGAAACCCGUUACAGGCCCGUAAACAGUUAGCAUCGCAGACUGUUCCUCAGAACACUGAAUUGGCACGGAAUAUUGCGAGAAAUGAGCCAGCACCACAGCAGAAGACCAGGUCUCAAGCGCAAACCAAAGUGCCCAUUACCACCCGGAAUGUUCCGUCAGCCACCAAAGCUCCCGACGCUACUAACAGCUUGCGAGGCAAAGGUGCUUCUCGAGGCUCGCGAGGCCAGCUUUACACAUCAGAUUCACGCAAUCCCCGUCGACUGUUCAGUGAUUCUCCCGCCAAAUCGAGUUGGAGAGCGGGACUAGAGCCAACUGGGAUGGUGAAACUCCCUGCUCCCUUUGGUGCCUUCAAAUAUGAAUUCUUCGGGGCGGCAAGGGCAAUAGCCAUGAAUGGGAAGUCUCACGUUACCAAAGGUCGGCGCGAAGCGUUCGAAGAUAUCUCUCAGAAAACAGGGGCCUACGUGAACCCGCCUUCUUAUACAGACAGAGUGAUUCGUUUAUGGGGAGAGCCAUCUCAAGUUGCAGCUGCCAAAGAUUUGCUCCUAAGGCUUAUUGCGAAAUGCAACUUUACCCAAGCUAGCAAAAAGAAAACAAAAUGGACAAAGAUUCGGGCCCAUUCUGAGAAGAAAGAUGCAACCGUUGAAUUGGAAGAAAGACACGAGGCCAUACUGCAGCAACUUAGAAGAGAGCCAGACGCUCCAUCAAGUUUCGCGGAAAAGCUGCUGUUCCUCUGGCCAAAGGAAGGACCGUCGAUGGAAGAGUCCCUCGGUCCUCAGCUCGAAGCGCUCGAUAUGCUACGGGUACGAUUUGGUUACCCUGUUUUCGUCCCAAGAGGUCAGAACGAUUACAUUUGUGUCGUUGGAAACAAUUACGAUACUAUACGACAGAUCGUGCACUGUCUCAGAACAAAGUGGUCUGAGACCAUUGCCAACAGCAGUGUCAGAUCUAAGGCUUAUGUUGUUGAACUCCCUGGGCCAAGUUUUAUAAGAAAUGACGUUAUAGUUAAGAACAAUGCUCGCAUUGCGAAGCCCUUCCUUUAUGGAGAUCCACCAGGGCAUGCUGAGUUGGCACACUGGUGCAGUAGGGCUACCUUGAUAGAUUCAAGAAACAACUCCCGUAUUCUCAAUGCCAUCGACAAGUCCUUACGAGGGAUCAUGUUCGUCCGCGGACAUUUACGCAUGCGCGUCAAUUUCGGCACAUUUGUGCUCGACCACUAUCGGGUCCCAAAGGAUAACAAACCGACGUACUCUUUUGAAGAGUUCAGGGAAAUGUUGCUUCAUGAGGAUACGAGGGGACAUCUGGUGCCAGGACUGAAGCCGAGACAGGAUGAACUGCUCUCUAGAUGCUUUAAAGCUUCUCACAUACUGAGGCCGUUUGAAAGUAUAUUCCAGACAUUGGAGAAGGUUGAGCCCGCAUACUCAGUGAACUUCGAAUUCUUGGGCUCGAACAAUGCUCUUCUCCGUCUCGAAGCGGAGUUUGAAAGACGCCCCGGAGCACAAGAGUAUGAGAUAGCCCAGCGCCGUUGGCUCAAACCUCGCAAGAAUGGUCACACAUAUGACGAAAGGCCUCCUCUUCAAGUUUCAACGGUCGACUUUCAAAGAUCCGACUGGCAGAUAGAAAUCAAAUCUUUGGACUUUCAGGAAGCAUCGUCCAUUGACGCUGCACUGAGAUCAUUUUCGCAUUCCAUCAGAUUCAGACGUGCUAGCGAACUCGCUGCUGUUUCGGGAAAAGCACAAAGGAAAGUGACUUUCCCGGAUUCAGCUCCUGUGUCCAGGUUCGUGGAAAAAUCAGCCCUCCGAUACCGUCUGAGAGGAACAAAGUAUAUCUUCGAGCUUGCUCGCUAUGACGAAUACAGCCGCACAGGCUUGGAGAAAUUCCGGCAAGGAGGCCCAGUGGUGUAUACGGGAAGAAUAUCGGAAACUCCCUCUACUUCCUGGGGCGCAUCUAUCUUCAACCCCGACUGGGAUAACUUGCUGGGUGAUCAAGCCAAUCUGCCAGUUGGACGAUCAGCGCAGUGGAGUCCCCAGUUUGAUACAUUUUUCCCUCCCAAGGGCGGAAAGGCCUCUAACGACGGCUGCGCUGGUUUCUGGGAAUUCAUUGACCUGGUUAGGAAAGUUGCGGAGCUACUCGGUCCUGAACAGACGUCUUCUCCCCAGAUGGUUCCAGGUGAUGCUGCCAUUGAGGUUGAGACUUCCUCUGUAAAAUCAAAGGCUGCUAGAAGCCAUGCUUCAUCGACCGAGUCAAGCCGGACUGAUCAAGACAAGAAACAGCUGAAGAGACUUCUGGACGGCGAUCUGGGUACGUUAUUCUGAUGGCGACGCUGCGAAGUCUUCCUACUUGGAACGAGACAAAUCGCCCUUGACACGGUUCUCGAGAAGUCAUUUAUCAUCUGCCUUUGAAAGGUUGCCCCUGUUUUCUUUUUGUGUGGGAGAAGGAUUGCUAAGUACAAUUUGCUUUCUACAUUAUUCAUUAUCUGACAUUUUACUUCCCCCCACCCCAUAUCUUUUCUCUUCAUGUUUUCAGAUGCGAUCAAGACUUGGGUGAACUCUCAAUGGUGUGAAAAUGUAUCACUGUUCCUGAAUACAGGUCACAUCUAUUUCUCAUCAUCAGUGACAAUAAAGGGUGCUAUCUAUAUUCCA